AUGCAUAAUUUAUAACUACAGUUAGCCUGGCAAACAAUAAUUCAACCUUUAGGAAUUAUGUAUUCUUUUUCCUUAUAUCAAUAUAAUGUUUCUUUCAAUUUAAUUAAGUCUUGGAACAACAAACCUAAGUUCAAUUUCUGUGAAGAUAUGAGCUUUAAAAUUCACAAAAAAUAGAAAUUCUUGUCAUUUAGUACUGCUGCUUGUUUCUUUUUCUGA